CUCGGGGCCGCCCGACGGAGCCGCGCUCCGCAGGGCGGCCUGGGCCAAGCGCCUGGCGCGGAGACUGCGAGGUGAGAGCGCCCCGGGCCGCAGCCCGCACCCUGACCCGGCUCCUCAGGCGCGGGUGCCGCUUCCUGUAGAGUUGUUUGUAGUCUUUCCUCUGUAGUUGCCUGCAGUGCUCCUUUUCCUCUGCUCGUGUCCUUUUCCAUCCUGUGCCUCUAUGUCCCCAUCUCUUCGUGCGCAUCUGUCUUCUGAUCCCCGUCCCGGUUAUGGCCCCAGCACACGCAGAUGCACCCACAUCUCGCUCCUUCCUUUCCCCACCUCUCUGCCUCCCAGGUCUUACUCCUGACUGCUUUCCGUGUACGACACUCCUGCACAGGGGAAGGUUAGGUUGGACAUUAGGAUGAAUUUCUUCACAGAAAAGGUGGCACUGGAAUGGACUUCCCAGGGAGGUGGUGGAGUCAUAGUCUCUGGAGACAUUUAAGGAAAGACUAGACGUGGUACACGAUGCCAUGGUCAAAUUGUCAUGGUGAUGUUGGGUCAUAGGUUGGACGUGAUGAUCUCCAGAGGUCUUUUCCAACCUUGGCUUUCUGCCUCACCACCAGGUCUUUGGAAGGUUGGGGCAGAAAGCUUGUGCUUCACUUUCAGCAAAACCCCAUUCUAUAGAAGUGGUUAGGAUGGGGUGGGAUACUUACAGUGGGCUGCUGGGAGGGUAUUUGAAUCACUUUUCUUUUUCUGCAGUAUUGUGCAGUGCCUUGGUGCUGCCCUUUACAGUCAAGUGCUGUCUGCUGCCACGCAAGUGGUGACCAGGGACAGAGUUGGAAGCAAAACUGAGCGCAUAUCAUGUGAACAUUUGAGGUGUCGUUAAAAGCUUACUGCAGUAACUUCCUGCUGAUCUGGCCUUGUACAGGGUUGAUUUGACAGCAGCAGAGAGAAUGCUGGAUGAGGAGUCCUUUGGAUUUAAGGUUGUGAGAACACAUUGAAAAUCUUCCUUUCUUUUCAGAGAAGCUUAAAAUGUCAGCUUCAAAGUACAAGGAUUUUAAACAGAGCAUCGGUGUCGGGUAAAUCUUUAUAGUUAUAAAGCUGCAGAAAAAGUAAACCAUAUUUAGAAAAUAAAGAUUCUUCUUCUGAAAUGUGGAUUUUCUGAAGAUAGGAGAUAGUGCUGCUGUUACUGGCUGCCAUGGCAUCAGUGGAACUAUGAAAACAAGCCUGACUUUAAGGAAGGAUUUGUGCCUUCUCUGAUUUUCAUGGGCAUCCAAAGAUUAUUUGCUGUAAUGAUUUCUCUAGCUUUGGCUGUAUUGCACCGAAAGAAAUCCCUCUUGAACAUUGCAAUAUCUUAGUGGUAUGCAAGUCAGACUUGCAGAGAUUAUGGAAGAGAGCAUGUUUUCUUUUUAGCAGGUUUUAUUGGGACCAUGUUCAAUGACCCAAGUCACUUCAUAGCAAGAAACCAGAAUAACCAGGAAGAACUACCAGUAAUAAUUGUGUUGGGCAUGAAUUGGCACUGUGCUGUUUGGAGUCUCCAGUAGAGUGUUUGUUUUAGUCCAUUGCUGAGAUGUGUAAUUUCCUAGGAAAAGAGCUGCUUCACAUGGAGAAAGUUAAGUCCUUUUAUAAAAAGUUUUACAAAGUUUUUAUACUUCAGAUGCUCCCUUCAUUUUAGUUGUUGCCAAGAAGGAGCCUCCUGUGCAUGUUUUCAACUGUGGUGAAAAACAGCAAUGUUUGUACAUGAGGUGAAUGUGAGUCACCUGGUGGUGACCUGGCACGUAUUGCUCCUGUUCCAUCUCUGUUGUGAUUUGUGCAGUAGUACUGAAAACAGUUUCUGAUGAUUCCUGACCUCCUUCUGUAGGCAAGUGUAGCUAAAGUUACUGUAGUCGACAGAUCCUUUUCUGGCUCUUGGAUGAGAAUGUUGCCAUAAAUUCCUGGGCACAGUAAGUGUCUGGGUGAGCCUUCAGUGCUGUGGAGGUGCUGCAGGGUGCUGUACGUCUGUGGAAUAGGUAGCACCUUAUCUGAAGGAUGUGAUCCCUGUGCUGCACAGUUUAAAGGGGCUGAUUGCAAGCCUGACAUUAUUAUUGGGCACUUGAAGGAUGACUGUGGGUUUACUAUGGGAAAGAAUACUCCAUGGUUCUUUAGAUAUUCAAUGGAUGUCCAUGAGUAUCUUUGAAGACUGGAAAUGGUGCUUUCAGUUUUAUUUCAAGGACUACAGGAAAGUUGGCAUAGAUUUAUUUAACAGAAUUGCAUCUCACUAGACAGAAUUCAACCAGAGGGAACAAUCCUUUGGAUAUCACAAGUGAUAGAGUCACCAUGGCAAAAAAGAUGCCACUUAGUAUUGAAGGAUGUUCAAUGACAGAUUGCACUUUACUUGCCAUGAGUUAUGAAAGAAAAAGGCAGAGAGGAUUUAAAGUAUUGGGAUUUUGGUGAUUGCUGUAACAGGAGUUGCUAAGUGAAUAGAACUGACUAUCAGUAGUUGAGGUUCUUCUUUAUGUGGAUUCUGUUCAGAUUCUAACAUGAAUGUUUGUGAAGUGCCUUUAGUUCCUCUAGUUUUACAGCUCUCUUCAGCAAAUAUCCCAGAUGCUGAGACAAGAGGGACUGAUUAUUCUACUCUCUUAAGGAGGAAGUUGCCAGAAGUUUUGAUGGGUAAAAACAAGGUGUAUUUCCAGAGCCAGCCUGGAAAGGUAAUCCUGCCUUGUAGAGCUGUACUUGGUCACCCAGUGCUGCCAUGUCCUCAUGUCUGUCAUCACUGAUGUGUGUUGGGCAUUUCUUGAAAGGGUUUCUUAGUUAUUGCUAUAUAAAGGUGCAAAAUACCCGUCCCAGUCACUCAUUAAUUGAUACUUUCAUGAAGACCGCUACAUACAGAAAGAGUAUGAGCAACUGCUAGUUGCAGAUUUAUUUGAUAAAAAUACACAGCUUAUGUCAAAAAGUUGAUGAAUAGCAAAUGUAUAUAGGAAAACAAAACAGGUUUGUUGUUUGCAGCAGAUGUCAAAUCCAGCAGUGCUUACCUCUACUAUGUUUGAUGCAUCUCAAUCAAUAUUGUAAAAAGAGAAAAAGGGGAAUAAUAUUUAUAUUGCCAAAAUGUUACCGCGAAUGAAAGCUCCAAGCUAGCUCAUUUAACACAAAAAUCAUUGUGUGAUCCCUGGUGCUGUUUAGUUGGAUUUUUUCUUUGCUGUAACUUUCUGUUCUUUGCUGACUUGAUUCCUAAUAGCAGUCUAAUAUGACAGAGUUUGAGUUUGGAAACUUUCUGCUUCUGCUCACCACAUAUCUUAUUGGUGAGUAAUUGCUGACAGCCGGGACUUGGCUUUCUCACCAGCUUAGCUCACUGCCUUUUCCAGCCUUUUCUUCCUCUCUUCCAUAACGUCUUCCUGCCUUUAUUAUGAAGGUUGCUAGUGCAACGUAGUGCUGUGCUAGAGGCUGAAUUUAUUGAGUUAUUAUUAUUAGUAAUGUGGUGGUUUGACCAGGAAGAAGUGGGAAUUCUGGGAGGCUGUGGUCAAACCAAUGGAUGCUCAGAGUUUGAUAUUGGCACCUUGGCACUCAGUAAAUGUUCUUGGAUUUCUGUUUUUGUCUUCAAGAAUGACCUAAUGGGGAGGAUUUGGCAUUCGUGUAGUAAAGUUGCAGUCUUUAUCUGCACAUUUUCAAACUUGGCCCUAAAGAACAGCUUUGGAAAAGCUCUCCUGUUUGGGGGCUGACACUAGGGAAGGCCGUAAGUUACCAAUUAAACCAUGUGAAGAGAGAUUAAUGCUUAAACUGUUAGUGCUUGCUGUGCCCAUGCAAGAGAGGUUUCCAGGUUUAUGUCACAACUUAAAAAUGUGGUAGCUGAAAGAAACAUCUAAGAAGAAACAUCUAAGACAUUUUUUUUCUCAUUUAUGCAGUUAGUGGUAAGAGCUUCCUUAUUCCCAUCUCUGUUAGCAAACAAAGGUCUGCAGCUGGCAGCUUAGCCCAUUGUCUUAGCCUUACAGCAGUGCUUGCAGAUUGACUGAACUUCAUUGUCAGGUUUAUAAUGCAUUUUGGCUAUCCCUUGUUACUGUUCCAUUUCAAAUUGCUGUGGUAUGUUUGAUGGACCCAGGAUUUUCCUAGGGAGUUUGAGGUUAGUACAUUUCCAUCUACUAUGAAUGUAAAGGAUGUUUUGAAAGGUUAGCUGUUUAAAACACCUGAAAAGGAUGGAAGUUUACUGCAGUUCUGUAGGAGUGAAUUUUUAGUUUUAAAUGCUUUUUCACUGAUCAGAAACUGAGGUCAAAUUGCCUUGCUUUAGGUUUAAAUGAGGAGAAGCUCCAUGAAGGGAGCAGUCUGAGCAACAGCAGCUGUUCCCAGCUUUUUUUCUAUUCUGUACUAGGCAUAGGAAAUAAGGAUGGUGAUUGCUAACUGCAUUUUAUUUUGAGGUGGUUGUUCCUUUUAAAAGACUCUAUUUAAAAGAUCCUUUUGCUUUUUUGUUACCCACUUGGAAGAGAUUACCAGAGUUCAAUAGCUUCUUUCUCUGUCUUUUUGGGAAUGUCAAGCAUUAUAUGGAAUGAGGACCAGGCAGGGAGUUCAGCUGUGAUAACUGAUAACUCUUUGUUGUGCAGGGAAAGAAACCAUGCAGAAAUGCUCACCAACAUCCCUGCUGUGUCUCUUGCCUAUCUGAGAGAGGAAGAUUAUCAUACGGUGUUUUAAAAAUAAAUUUGACUCAAGUAUCCUCCUUUCAUGUAGAAAAUUAAGACUGCUUCUGAAGGCUCAAUAAUGAAUGUGCAUUUUUAUUCAUUGAACAAUGAUUUGCAUGUUUAAAAGAUAACAUACCAAAGCACUGCAUUUCCAUUUCUUGAAGGAUGGCUGUCUGUGCAUGUCUCUGUAUGCUUGUAUCUGUUUUUAUACCAUGUGGUUCUAAGCAACAGUAUUUCUGCAAAUCUUCCACAGAUUCUGCUAGAGUUCUGCUGAACUGUUCCUAAAUUUUAUGGUAUCUCAUUGAUAGUUGAUACUGCCUCAGGCCCCAUUCUCUCUGCAAACAAAGCUCCUCUUUCUUAAACUUAAAAUCCAUAGAAGAACUUGCAGCAAUGACAAAGGUUAAGCUUUCAACACCACUUACUAUGUCACUUGUGUAUCUGUACCAGACAUCUGUGCCCAUCAUUAUAUAUGUCUUUUUCCUUUUAAGGUCUGUGGGGGACAAGACUCAUGGAAGAGAGCAACACCAGCAGAGAGCAGUACUUGAAAAGUAUUUUACGGGAGCUGAUCACAUACAUGGUUUUCCUCGUGGUCCUGUGUGUCUUGACUUAUGGGACAGUGAGUUCCAGUAUGUACUAUUAUACAAGGGUUAUGUCACAGCUCUUCCUGGAAACACCUGUGUCAAAAACGGAGAAAACUGAUUUCAAAACUUUGUCCACAAUGGAUGACUUCUGGAAGUUCACAGAAGGCCCUUUGCUGGAUGGUCUUUACUGGGAAAUGUGGUACAACAACAAAACCAUGGCAGAAAACAAAAGCUUUAUUUAUUAUGAGAACCUGCUCCUAGGAGUGCCUCGCAUUCGGCAGCUGAAAGUCAGAAAUGGUUCUUGCUCCAUACCUGAAGAUUUAAAGGAGGAAAUCAAAGACUGCUAUGAUGUCUAUUCUGUAGCUAAUGAAGAUACUGCUCCUUUUGGGCUCCGGAAUGGAACUGCCUGGACAUACACCAAUGAGAAGGAUUUGAAUGGCAGCAGCCACUGGGGCUUGAUUGCCACAUACAGCGGGGCUGGUUAUUACCAAGACCUCUCGAGGACCAGAGAAGUGACAGCUCUGCAGAUUGCAAGCCUGAAGGAGAACCUGUGGCUGGACAGAGGAACUAGAGCAGCCUUCAUUGAUUUCUCUGUGUACAAUGCCAACAUCAACCUGUUCUGCGUGAUCAGGUUGCUAAUAGAGUUUCCAGCCACUGGAGGCCUGGUUACAUCUUGGCACUUUCAGCCUGUGAAGCUGAUUCAUUACAUCUCCACUUUUGAUUUUUUCCUGGCAGCCUGUGAAAUGUCCUUCUGUCUUUUUGUUCUGUAUUAUAUGGUGGAAGAGGUCUUAGAAAUUCGCAUUCAUGGAUUGCGCUACUUCAGAAGUGUUUGGAAUUGCCUUGAUAUCCUUAUCAUUGUGCUGUCUGUGGUAGCUAUAGGAAUUAACAUCUAUAGGACAUCAGCGGUUGAUAUGCUCCUGAAGAAGCUGCUGGAAGAUCAGAACUCAUUCCCCAAUUUCGAACCCUUAGCAUAUUGGCAAAUGCAGUUUAACAACAUUGCUGCAGUCACUGUGUUUUUUGUCUGGAUUAAGCUUUUCAAAUUUGUUAACUUCAACAGAACGAUGAGUCAGUUAUCCACCACAAUGUCUCGCUGUGUCAAGGAUGUAAUUGGCUUUGCCAUUAUGUUUUUUAUUAUUUUCUUAGCAUAUGCUCAGUUGGCCUAUCUUGUCUUUGGCACUCAAAUUGAUGACUUCAGCACUUUCCAAGAUUGCAUAUUUACUCAAUUCCGCAUCAUUUUGGGAGACUUCAACUUCACAGAGGUUGAAGAAGCUAAUCGAAUUUUGGGACCUGUUUAUUUCACUACAUUUGUGUUCUUUAUGUUCUUCAUUCUUUUGAACAUGUUUUUGGCCAUUAUCAAUGAUACCUACUCUGAAGUCAAAUCAGAUAUGGCACAGCAGAAGGCAGAAAUGGAAUUGUCUGAUCUUAUCAGGAAGGGCUACAAUAAAGCCAUGAUCAAACUUAAAUUGAAGAAAACUACUGUUGAUGACAUUUCAGAAAGUCUGAGACAAGGUGGAGGAAAACUCAAUUUUGAUGAACUCCGGCAGGAUCUCAAAGGGAAGGGGCACACGGAUGCAGAGAUUGAAGCAAUAUUUACCAAAUAUGAUCAGGAUGGGGACCAGGAAUUGACAGAGCAUGAACAUCAGCAGAUGAGAGAUGACCUGGAGAAAGAGAGGGAUCUGGACCUGGAUAGGAGCUCUCUACCACGUCCUCUGAGCAGCCGCAGCUUCCCCCGGAGCUUGGAUGACUCUGAGGAGGAUGAGGAUGAAGACAGUGGACACAGCUCCAGGAGGAGGGGCAGCAGCUCCAGUGGGGUUUCCUAUGAAGAGUUCCAAGUGCUCAUGAGGCGGGUGGAUCGCAUGGAGCAUUCCAUUGGCAGUAUCGUCUCCAAGAUCGAUGCUGUUAUCGUGAAGCUGGAAGCCAUGGAGAGGGCCAAGCUGAAAAGAAGAGAUGUGUUGGGAAGGCUGUUAGAUGGAGUGACAGAGGAUGAGAGACUGGGCCGGAGCAGUGAAAUCCACAGGGAGCAGAUGGAGCAGCUGGUGCGAGAGGAGCUGGAGCGCUGGGAGUCGGACGACAUGGGCUCUCAAAUGAGCCACCGGCUGGGAACGCCGCUGGGACCGAGCGGCCAGCCGCGCUCCCGGAGCUCGCGGCCAUCCUCCUCCCAGUCAGAUGGCGUUGAUGUAGGAGCAGGAAAUGGGGGCAGCAACAUCUAUGUGUAGCUUCAGCUUUGUAGGAGAUCCCACAUGUUUCAGGUCAGUAUUCAGUCAGCGAAUUCCCCAGCACGAGGGGACCGUUCUGAUCAGACCCCUGAGGACGUCUUUCACUGGUGGGUAAAAGUAAAUAUUCACUCCAUAAAUCAUUUUCAGGCCUGCAUAAGCCAUGUGUAAUGCCAGCAGUGAGAGUGUCACCCUUGGAAACAAAAAUGCUGGAAACUGAAUGGAUAGCAAGUGGGAAAACAUCUACCAGGACAGAAAUCUGAUUCCAUAAAAAUAUUAUUGGGAACAUUUGCAUGAGAGCAGCAAGCUUCAGACAAAAUAAUGUGCAGUGGCUGACAUACUGAGAGGCUAUUAAUUUUCUGCUUCCUCUUGGAAAGUAAAAUUUUUAAAGGCUUUCAAAAGCAAAUUUUAAAAUAAUAUGCCAUCAGUUUUUCUUAUUCAUUAUAACAACUGACAGAUAAACCAGCACUUUUUUAAAUAUAGGAGUUUCUACUUGUCUUUCUGAGUUAUUCUUGGUAUACUUAGUAUUUUACUUAAUUUAAAAUAUUUUUCGUGUUUUGAGAGGUACAUUUCUUUAAGCAGAAGAAAGUGCACUUAGUUUGUACAAUUGUAAAUUACAUCAUUCUCUGGUAGAAACUGAAUGCAUUACAAGUAGCAUUUAGCAAGAAGUACUCUUCACACCCAACUAAAAUAAUAAUCUUCAGCUAAGUUGCAAAGUGCCCAUUUUUUAAUGCUAUCUUUUAAUGUGUUUCUGGGAUAAACAUUCCAGAGGUUCUUAGAUAACUACAGCUACUUUGCAGAAAAUACAUUAUUUAAAAGCACACAAAAUUGAAAACCACUGAGUUUUCCUUGGGUGUGACAGGGAAAGAGGCAGAGAAGUUUCUGACAGGUGUGAAAAUCUGAUCUUGUGCCAUGUGAAGUUCUAAUCACAUCUCAACGAUGUGGUCUGUAUUUACAUUUAACUAAACUGCUUGUGAAGUGGUUAGCUACAUUUCUACAUAGACUUUUCUGCCGAGGUGCAACACAGGAUUCCUUUGGGAAGGUGUUUGUAUUACAAUCACUGAUUUUUAGUAUUUUUAGUAUUCCCUCUGCUUUGUGUCAUAGAAGCUUUAUUUUUGAAAGGACAUGCAAUGUUGCAAUUCUGUUGGUUUCCUGUAGAGACCACUGAGGCAGCGUCUGCAGUUUUGCCUAGGAAUGUGUCUCCAAGUGUGGAAUGCUGGUUUAGGAGGAAGGCUGUCAGUGGUGCUUUUUUCCUGAAGAUGGCAGUACUCUGGUGUUUAAAGACUGAGAGCUGGUGAAAAAGAUAAUGGGAAGCCACAUAAUCAACCACAUCUUAGCUAUUAGUAGCAUAUGCAGAGGAGAAAAGGCCAGUUUAACAAAGUGUAAGUGACAUGUGUUAUGUUGGUGCCUUCUGUUUCAACAAGCAGUUAGUGUCUCUUCAUUCUUGUGGGAGUGCUGCCCAGGCAAAGCUUCUAUGUUCCAUACCUUCUUGCAAUGGCAUUGCCUGGAUGUGUGGAAUGCCUUUCCUCUAACCAGGGAACUUGCUAAAACUAAACAGAAUUCACACCUUUCCAUUUUUGAUUUUAUGACAAACCAUAUGCACAGAAAUCUAAUUAAUGUUAGCUGGAGGAAGACUAAAUUCAGUACUGGAAUUUCUUAGCAGCUGUGUCUUGGGAACAGAAUUAUGUAGGAGAGCAGGUUGUGGUUCUUGUGUGGGUUAUUUGGUCCUGUAUUGGGAAGAAAUUCAUACCCUUUCACAAGAGUCCUCAUGAACCUGCAAAAACAGUGCACAGCACAGUGGGGGUAGGCCAUUUGUGAAUGGUGAGGGCAUUCAGAUUAAGCUCUCACUUGCCUUGAUUGAAGGGUUUUACACCUCAGAAACCUUUCUGAGGGAAGCUUUUCAGUGUUGAACUGCAUUUUUGACUGUAAACAGACCAAAGAGAAACACCAGCUGUCCUCAUGGCCAUCAGGUGUGCAAGGAAAAUAGAAAAUACUAUACCAAAGCAAUUUAAAUAUACAGAGCCUUGUCUUUAUAUGCAUAUCCAAAAUAUGUGUUUCAAAAUGUAAAUUCAGUCACUCAGUUCACCUUUCAUUUGUACUAUAUGUUUAUUAUGAAAAUGUUUGCAUUAAUAGCUGUAUUUGUUGGGGUAUAUUUCUGCAACAUGUCGUUACUUGAUAACAAACUUCAUCUUGAAGUGCAAUAAGUUUCCAUGGGGUACCCAUGUGUGUGGACAGUGGGCCUUGCAGUAAGUGCAUUGCCACUUGAUCAAUGUUACAAACAUUUUAUUGAUGCAUUUUUCAGUUUUAGAUUAUAAUAUCUUUGUCACUUACUACAAAGGUACAGUUAUGCAUAGUAAUGUACAGUGUUUGGUCUUAUUUGGAAGCUGUUAAUUAUGCAAGUCUUCUACAAUGAUCAAGAAUGAGCACUUUAUUUCCUAAUAAACACUUUAUAUAACCUACAA